GCGGCCAGCCAGCGCCGGGACUCCACUCCCCGCCGGCAGCCUGGGGGUUGUCCCCCGUUUGCAGGGCAGCGGGCAUUCCCACGCGAGUACCGGUCCCCCAGGUGGACUCAAAACCAGGCGAGGCACGCCCGUGGCGGCGAAGACAAACAAUCGCGCUGUCCAUUUCCCUGUGGGCGCUGCCGGCCCGACGAAACGGAGCCGCGCAGGGAGCCCGGGACCGGUGGGGCGGAGAAGCGGGAGGAGCAGAGGGAAACCAAAGGUCAGUUUCUUAUCGAUCACAUCUGCAACUAUUACAGCUUGCUGGAAAAAGACUAUUUUGGCAUUCGAUAUGUUGACCCUGAGAAGCAGAGGCACUGGCUUGAGCCCAACAAGUCCAUCUUCAAGCAAAUGAAAUCUCAUCCACCAUAUACCAUGUGCUUUAGAGUGAAAUUCUACCCACAUGAACCCUUGAAGAUUAAAGAAGAGCUCACCAGAUACCUCUUAUAUCUACAAAUCAAAAGGGACAUUUUCCACGGCCGUUUGCUGUGUUCCUUUUCUGAUGCUGCCUACUUGGGUGCCUGUAUAGUCCAAGCUGAGCUUGGUGAUUAUGAUCCUGAUGAGCACCCAGAGAAUUACAUCAGUGACUUUAAGAUUUUUCCAAAGCAGUCACAAAAGCUUGAGAAGAAAAUAGCUGAAAUGCAUAAAAAUGAAUUCAGAGGUCAGAGCCCAGCUGUUGCUGAAUUUAACUUGCUUCUUAAAGCAAAUUCUUUGGAAACUUAUGGUGUUGAUCCUCAUCCUUGCAAGGACUCAUUUGGGACAACUACAUUUUUAGGAUUCACAGCUGCAGGAUUUGUAGUUUUCCAGGGGAAUAAAAGAAUUCAUUUAUUAAAAUGGUGUGAUGUCUAUAAACUGAAAUUUGAAGGGAAGACAUUUUAUGUGUUUGGAGCUCAGAAAGAGAAGAAGGCUGUGCUGUCAUUCCAUACCUCUACACCAGCAGCCUGCAAGCAUCUUUGGAAGUGUGGGGUGGAGAACCAGGCUUUUUACAAGUAUGCAAAGUCCAGUCAGAUCAAGACAAUGUCCAGCAGCAAGAUAUUUUUUAAAGGCAGUAGAUUUCGAUAUAGUGGAAAAGUAGCCAAAGAGGUUGUGGAGGCAAGCUCUAAAAUCCAGAGGGAACCUCCUGAAGUUCACAGAACGAGCAUUAACCAGAGUCGCAGCUCUCCCUCCUUGAACAAGCAACUCAUAAUCAACAUGGAACCUCUGCAGCCUCUCCUUCCAUCUCCCUGUGAGGAGGAAGAGGCUCCUUUAGAUGAAGGUGUCCAACUGCCAAAGGAAGAGGAGAUUUCAGUACCUGUGACUUCAAGCUCUCCAGUAAAGGAUUCUGGGAAGGAUGUUGAUCUUGCCAUUGAACAGGAAGAGAAGAUGAAAGAGGAACCUUUAACCAUCUCAGAGCUGGUAUACAAUCCAAGCGCCAGCUUGCUGCCCACACCGGUUGAAGAUGAGAUUGACAUGCUUUUUGAUACCUGCCCAAGAGCAGAGAAUGAGAAAGAUGAUACCGAUUCAUUUGAGGAACUUGAAGCAGAUGAAAACGCAUUUUUAAUCGCAGAGGAGGAAGAACUGAAAGAAGCUCGGAGAGCUCUGAGGUGGAGCUAUGACUUUCUAAUGGGCAACAUAGAGGUGAAUGCUUUUGUGAAGAGUUUCUCCAGACUUUUUCUUGUAGGCCUUGGACUACUGUUGUUUGUGUUCCCCCUUUUCCUUGUUCUCUUGGAGUCGGACCUUCAAAUCUCUUUCCUUCACGAAAUCCGCCAGACACCGGAGUUUCAGCAGUUUCAUAUUGAAUAUUACUGCCCCCUUAGGCAGUGGAUGGCUUGCAAAAUAAACUUCAUCCGUGACAUUCUGGGCAGCUUUUAAAUUUUACAUGAAUAUAAUACAACUAAGGGCUAUAUUCAAAAUUUCAGUUAGUGACAGCUUUCCAUAAUGCCCCUGCACCCAUCUGUUGGCAGCUGCCUUCAUAUCCUCAUUUACAGUUUUUAUUACAGACUCUUCAAGUUCUUAAGUUUCCUUUACAUACUUAAGUUGCCAUUUCAGUUACCAGCUUAUACAGUCUCCUUUCAAUAACCAAAAAGAAGCUUUGUUUAAAUUACAUUUCAGACUUCCAGCUCAUUUAUUACAUUAUAUAAGACAGGGUCACAGUAAGUUUCAUUGUCCUUAACCUUUCAAUCCAUGACACUAAGACUGAUGAUAUUGAAAGAAAACCUUUUUGAAUAUACUCCUUAGUGCAACAAUCUCUUCUAACCAAUGCCUAUACAAUCAAUGUUUAUGCUGGGUUUUCGGUUUUUGUUUGUUUUUCUGUUUGUUUUUUUAUAUUUUUAUGUGUUUAAGAUAUUUUGGUAAAUUUUUAGCAAAAGACAACUUAUGAUGUUAUUUAAAUGUACACAUUGGUAAGAAUAAUGCAGAGGGGCAUGCAGGGUGUUUUUAGUGUUUUACCAAUUAUUUGUUUUUAGACUAUGGCUGGAGAAUGAAUUUAAUGUAGCUCUAUACAAAGGGACCCUGUUUGGGAAACACACAGAAAGUUCACAAAAGUUCUGUAGGGGCUGCCUGGGCGAGGUGAAACAACAGCAAGUAUGCAAAAUAAUUUCUGAAAGGUACAGUUCUAAAGCUUGGGGAAGUGAGCAGAACUGAAAUGAUCCUUCCUCUUAUCUGUCAGGUUGUCUUCCACUUUAUCAGUUCUGUAGAAAGUCUUUACAAGAUAGUCCAAGUAUGUUUAGAGAAAGAUUGAGUCUUCAGUCUAAAUGUAGAUUAUUGUACAUAACGGAAGACAAUAAUAGUAAGUAGCAAAAAAAAAAAAAAAAAAAAAAAGAAAAAAAA